AGAGGGAGAAAUAGAGAGCCAGUGUGUGUGAGAGGGAGCGUGGAUGAGGGGGGGAAGAGGGAAAAGGGGGGUGCGACAGAGAAAGAGAGAGGCGAGGGAUGCCUGUUUGGAGCAGCAGGCAUCAGCGGGAGAAAGAGAUGGCAUAUUAGACCAUUACCAUGAGCAGAGCCCAGGGCCUGUGCUGAAGAUCUGUUCCAUCUCUUAAUAAACAUAUUGCACCAAAUGUCUCCUGUCCCUGGCAGGACCUUGCCAGCUGGUACCUUCACUCCUUCUGAAGCCUGAAAAAGCAAGGGAAGUUUAAUUUUCCUUUUUUCUUUUCCCAUUGAAAAGGGAGUUACAUAGAAAUAUAUUUUAAGGAGUGCGGGGGGAGGGAAGCAGGGGCAGAGCUGGAAUCAGGAGAGCUGCAGAUUUGCUCCUUUUAGGAGUUCUGUGUACCUGGAGGUGCUGAAUGUGAGCUCUACUGAGUUCCCCCAAGCCUAGCAGCAGCUGUAGAUGUGUGCCUGUGUGUAUGCUUAACCCUUUCUUGGCUCCUGGGAUUAAUACCAUGCUGAAGAUCCUCACCAAAAAGCUCAGGAACCAGAGUUUGAAUGAGAUUCAGCCUUUCCAGCUCAAGAUCUCCUAUCCCCCAAGUGAUGAGGACAGCGACGACUCUGAGGGCGAGAACCAGGAACUUGCUCAGAUUGACAGAGAGAGAAGACGGAAUUGUAACCUGAUGCCCUUAGCCACCAACCAGCUCCAGAACCAGGAGAAUCAGUGCUGCAAGGUGCGAGCCCUUUUCCAUGCCAGCCUGGAUCGCCACAGCUCAGAGGAAGAACUGGAGCGCAUCAACCGAGAGUUUGCCGCUGAGAAACGGAAGUGGUCACAGGUCAGCAGACUAGCCUGUUGUAGUGAUAGCAACAACACAUCCUCCAGUGAUGAAGAAGUGAAGAACUUGUGUGGCAUGACUUUCCGGCCUGUGGUGGAACAGGCAGACAGCCUGCAUGCUAGUCCAAGCCCGGUGCUGUUCAGUGCCUCCCCACCUAAGAGACUCCAGCCCUUGGUUCGGAACCCAGCCUCCAGACCUUUGAUCUUCACAAGUGUUGGGGCUGGUUUUGAGCAAGUCAUGCCUUGUAAGAGACACCGGCAAGGAUAUGGGGAUAAGGUCAGCAGGCCCAGCCUUGACCUGGAAAAAAUGCAGCAGAAGAUGCUGCUCAAGAAGAACUGUGGAGCAAAGACGAGAGUUAUUAAAAUUCGUAGUAUCAAUGGGAGCCGCCCACCACCCCACUUUGUAUAUGAUCCAUCGAACUUUGCCUUCCGGUCCCUCAGCACCUUGAAGCCUCUGAGCCCGAUCGUUCCGGUAGAAGAACCGUCAUGUGCCUACUGAAGGAGAUUCUCCAAAACCUCAGGAACUGUUGUACCAACUACCUGCCUGGCAGGGGUGGGGAGGGUAAGGGGGCGGAGGGAGGGUGUGUGUGGGGGGGACAUCUUUGCAAUAACAAUCUCUCUGGCAGCAGGAAACAGGUGGCUUGGCAGCAGUGCCUGGUUUCAUAUCAUCACCACAUCUGAAGGGUGGCGGAAGGGGAGAGUUGCUGUUUGGAGUGAAAAGAGCACAUCAACUUCAUGAACUACAGGGAAAUCUGGAAGACUGCGAGAGGCAUGAGGACAUGCUAGGAAUAUGUAGCCCUAAAGGGUUAGCAGAUAGAUAGUCACUGUGUUAGAUGGCAACAAUGGCAAAAAGGCAUGUGGAUGACAACUACCUUCAAAUCUGGUAGAUUUUUUUCCAGAUGCUCUGCUUUAUAAUGUCUUGCUUUUGGACAAGCUACAUCCCCCAGGCUGAAGCAUUCUAAGGCUGGAGAUAAAAGUUAUGGAGGGCUUCUCAUGAAGUGAACUGGGCCCUGCUACAAUGUUGUCAGAAUUAGGAUUAUUCUAAAUUCUACUACAAUCAAGGAGGUGUCCCGUUGGAAUAGGAGAUGAGGAUUGUCAUGGUAGACACUGUAGGUACUUGCUGUAAGUGUUCUCCAUUGGAGGUGUUGGUUUAAUCUAAAGGUGGUUAAAACAGGGAAGCAAAGAGCAGCAGGGUUAGGGGGCAUCCUCAUGGGCUCUGCUGGGCUUUGCUGUGGGAUUUGGAGGGUCUGUGUGCUCAGCCACUCAAGGAGGCUCAGGCAUCUGCUUCCAGUCUUCACACAACAUGGCAAGAGCGGAGAAGCUAGUGGGGUUGUACACGCAAAGGGUUCCUCUCCUCAAGGACUGCAUCUACACUAGAGGAAAUGCAAUGCUUGAAUCAGGUAUUUCCCCUUCAGUUUCCCCACUCUCCCCCUUCAACUCCAAUGCUGAUCAACGAUGUCAUGCAAUAUAGCUGGUGUCAUGCAACUCGAUCAAGUCCAGUGUCCUGGGAAGCCUGCUGAGCCCUUGUCCUGCUUUGCCUGCCUUCCUCAUAUGGAUGCUGAACUCGCUGAAUUCUGGUCACAUGAACAGAGCAAAUCUUUCCCACACUGGCAGGGGAACUAUGGAUCAGGUGACUUGUUGUUAACCUCCUUUGUUGAAAUCCAGCACUUUCUCUAAGGUAGAUGUAUCAUGUGCUGUUUGAACCAUACUGGGCCUCAGCACUACUGAGACUUGCAGCAGUUUUUGCUAUCCAUUGGGUGGCGGUGUGGUUUUGUGCUACCAUGGUACAACUAAUUUGGGGAUGUCCUUGUCUUACUUGGCUGGGAAGGGAUGUAAGGAACCUCCCUGUGUUCAGCUAAGAUCUGAUCUUGCUUCUCAGUCUGGUGCCAAAAGCAGACACUUUGCACUGUGAGCAAGAGGCCUGGCCAAAUGGGGAAGGGGCAAUAAGCUGCAUCCACCUGAGAACUGAGGCAGCCUACUACUUCCCUGCAGCAAGAGGAGUGAACUGGAAGGAUUGCAACUUUCUGAAGCACUUCUGCUAGUUCUAGUGUGGAGAUCUUUGAUAUCUCUUUACCCAGUGCCCAGGAGACAGAGCCCACCUCAUAAACCAGUAUCACAGGUGGCACCAACUGGGGCGCUGCACUGGGAAUUUCAGUAGAGAGGCCAGAGACCAAGUAGCUCAAGGGAGCCUAAUCUCUCCUUUCAGCCCUGAGGCUGGUUGCCACCUGCUCAGGUUGGAGCCGAGACACACAGUUAGGGGAGGGCAGUGAUGGGGAAACUUGUAUUACUUUUGCCUUUUUCCUACCUGUUCUGUGGAUAGGAGACUUCAUGGCAGUAUCUAAAGCAGGGAUGGGCAACUAUUUGGGCUGGAGGGCCACUUAAUGGCCACGUCCACGUGAGCAUGGAUAUUUGGUUCCCUGGAGACAACUAGCAGUGGGACACCUUGUGCCGCUGCUAGUUGUCC